UGUGUCUCAGUUUUGAAGAAGGUCAAACAUCGUCUGGUGGAGAACAUGAGUUCAGGGACCGCGGACGCUCUGGGACUCAGCAGAGCGAUCUUAUGUAACGACGGUCUGGUGAAGCGACUGGAGGAGCUGGAGAAGACAGCCGAGCUCUACAAAGGUCUGAUGGAGCACACCAAGAGACUCCUGCGAGCGUUCUUCGAGCUCUCUCAGACUCACAGAGCGUUCGGGGACGUGUUCUCCGUCAUCGGCGUGCGGGAGCCUCAGGCUGCAGCCAGCGAGGCUUUUGUGAAGUUUGCAGACGCUCACCGCUCCAUCGAGAAGUACGGGAUCCAGCUGCUGAAGACCAUCAAACCUAUGCUCCACGAUCUGAACACGUACCUCCACAAGGCCAUCCCCGACACCAAGCUCACCAUCAGGAAGUACCUGGACGUGAAGUUUGAGUACCUGUCGUACUGCCUGAAGGUGAAGGAGAUGGACGAUGAAGAGUACAGCAGCAUCGCCAUGGGGGAGCCGCUGUACCGCGUCAGCACCGGGAACUACGAGUACCGGCUGGUGCUGCGGUGCCGACAGGAAGCUCGAGCUCGCUUCGCCAAGAUGAGGAAGGACGUCCUGGAGAAGAUCGAGCUGCUGGAUCAGAAACACGUCCAGGACAUCGUGUUCCAGCUGCAGCGCUUCGUCUCCGGCAUGUCGCACUACUACGACGAGUGCUACGCCGUCCUGAAGGAGGCGGACGUCUUCCCCAUCGAGGUGGACCUGUCCCGCACCAUGAUCAACUACAGCAGCCCGUCCUUCGCCGGAGACGAGGAGGAGGAGGAGGAAGAGGAGGAGAAGGAGAAGGAGGGAGGCAGCGCCGGAAGACAAGCAGAGAACGGAGCAGAGAAACUGAUCGAUGAUGAAUGAGUGAGGGAGGGAUGGAAACGUGCCGCUGUGUUGAUCAGAGGAACUUUAAAUCACAGCUUUAUCUUUCUUUGAGUGUCGCUGAACGUGACGGAGGCUGGACGUGACGGAGGCUUCACAGGAAGCAGAGUAGGAUCUAUAUGCAGAUGAAGUGUGCCUUCUUAGCUCUCUUAUCCUGAACUGUUGAUGUUUUGUUAUUUCUUUUCUUCAUCCUGGUGAUUAUUUUGGAUCUGGAUUUAUUUCUGUUUUAAAGGAUAUUUUCUGUGUAGUGACUCACUGCUGGGUGGAUAUAUGUGAAGGUGUAGCAGAAGAUGACUGAAGGAGGUGUGAGGUGUUUGUUACGUGCAGCUUGUUUCUUCCUUCAGCACUGUUUAAGUCGUCUUCAGGUUGAAAUGUGAAACACUCUCUCUCUCUCUCUCUCUCUCUCUCUCUCUCUCUCUCUCUCUCUCUCUCUCUCUCUCUCUCUCUCUCUCUCUCUCUCUCUCUCCCUGGUUUAAAUUCAGACACUACAUGUAAAUAAGAGUGUACAAAGGGAACAGAUGAUUUAAACUUUAAACGUUUCUCCUCAUUCCUACUUUAUUUAUUCUCCUGUCAAUAAAAACUUAUACUGACUGAGUCCA